CUUGGUCCAAUUCAUUUUAUGUCCGGAUUUUAUCCGUACAUUACCCUUACCUUAACUGGAUCAUUGAAAGGCUUUUGUAAACAUGGAUCGGACUUUGACAUGACACAGAAUAUUGAUGCGCAUGUUAAAUCGCCUCCGUGUUUGGCAGUGCAUCACCAGAAAGCCAAGCACAGCUGUCAGAUUUGUGGUGAUGAUGAGCAACACAGAAGGACCUUUAGAUACAAAGAAAAGCUUUGAAGAUAAAUACUUUGAUUGUGCUGCAAAUGGGAAUGUGGAGGAGCUAAAGUUCCUUUUACAAGCCACAUUUAACCCCGAUCAUCGUAAUGAUAAAGGAUGGACAGCUUUAAUGUUUGCAGCACGACACGGACAAGUACCCGUGGUUGAAACACUGCUAGAAAAAGGGUGUGAUGUAAAUUUGGUUAACAAAACUGGACAGACUGCUCAAGAUAUAGCUGUUUUCUGGGACCAAAAAAACACUGUCAACAUGUUGACCGAUUUCAUUAGAAAGGAAAAUCCUGACAAACAACAGCGUAAUUACUUCUCUCUGAACAACUUGGAUCGCAUGGCUGAGAACCGAAAGGACAGCUGCUGGCUUGAAUCCAAAUUAAAGGAAGAAACCACUAGAUUUAUUGUGUUUUCAGACCUUAAACCGCUGGUUGUUUCUAGUCAUGAUUCUGCCAAGAGAUACAAGUACACACUGGUUCGUCUAGCCCACAGGGAUAUAGAAUUUCAGCUGAAAACCAAUCCACUUCUCGUUUUCCUAGGAGUAGAAAUGUAUAAUCCUUCUAAAGAUGACAGCUCUGAAGAAAAUGUUGUUAGUCAGGCAUUAUUUGCUCUUGAUGUAACAAAUACAGACGAAUCAAAAUUCAAGACUCUGGUUAACGAGGCAGAAUUUAUUACAAGCUAUCCUGCAUCAAUGCAGUUGGAGCCAAGCGAUGCUGGGAUUUUUGCAGAGGCUCGCUCGAUGUUGGACUGGCUAGACCGCUAUAAGUUCUGUGCUACCUGUGGAAGUUCUACUACAGUGACGGAGGGGGGAUAUAAACGCACCUGUGAUGACAAAUCAUGCCGCACAAACAAAGGUAUUCACAACACAUGCUACCCUCGUACUGACCCAUCUGUGAUCAUGCUGGUUGUCUCCCCUGAUAAGAAGAGAUGCCUGCUGGGAAGGAAGAAACAAUUUCCUGCCAAGAUGUACUCCUGUCUUGCUGGAUUCAUGGAACCAGGUGAGACAAUUGAGGAUACCUGUCGACCAGGGGUUGUAACAAGGAUGGUCUAG